CUAAGUACGUUGUGACCAUGAAGCUCACUGUGUACAUUAUUUCCAUUCUGGUGCUGGGGGCAUCAGCUAUAAUUCAAUCGCCGCCACGGAUAUCUAAACAGCCACCAACAGAUGAGCAGUUGUUUCAAGUGGUCCAGGCAAAAAUCAACGAAAAUGAUAAACCAUUUUUAAUUGAAUGCGAAGCAGAGGGAGAACCAGCUCCAACAUAUCGUUGGAUUAAAAAUGGGAAAGACUUUGAAUGGCCGGCGUAUGACGAUCGCAUUUCUCAACAACCUGGUAGAGGCACCUUAGUGAUCUCAAGACCAAGAGACGAAGAUUUAGGGCAAUAUCAAUGCUUUGCGGAGAACGAAUGGGGUAUAGCCACGUCGAACUCUGUGUUUGUUCGAAAGGCUGAAUUGAAUUCUUUCAAGGACGAAAAUCCGACAACUAUAAGCGCGAAUGAGGGUUCCCCUUUCAAACUUACCUGCCAACCACCCGACGGCUGGCCUAAGCCGAACGUUUAUUGGCUAAUUCAGGAUAUUGCUGGUGGUAUCAAGUCGAUCAAUAACUCGAGAAUGACUCUGGAUCCGGAGGGUAAUCUCUGGUUCAGCAAUGUUACGAGGGGUGAUGCCUCGGAUGACUUUUACUAUGCCUGUGCCGCCACAUCUGUGUUCAGAAACGAAUACAAAUUAGGCAAUAAGGUUCUGCUAUACGUAGUUUCUACAGGCUCGUCCGCUGGCCAGAACAAGUAUCCUCCUGAGAGACAAUACGUCAGUAGGAAAAACGAGGUCGCUUUACGCGGCAAGAAAGUAGAGAUGUAUUGUAUAUAUGGUGGAACACCCUUGCCUCAGAUCGUUUGGAGCAAAAACGGCGAACUGAUCAGUCCGAGCGACAGAAUAACUCAAGGUAACUACGGCAAGUCUCUUGUCAUAAAGCACGUCAAUUUCGAAGAUGAGGGAACGUAUACUUGCGAGGCGUCGAACGGAGUAGGCGCUGCCCAAUCGUAUUCGAUAAAUUUGAACGUGAUGGCCGUCCCGUAUUUCACGGUCGAGCCGGAAUUCGUGAACGCCGCGGAGGACGAGACCGUGGAAAUUAGAUGCGAGGCCAGCGGAGUGCCCGUUCCUGAGAUCAAAUGGAUACACAACGGCAAACCGAUAUCCGAGGCUCCGCCGAACAGCAGGCGGCGAGUCACGUCAAAUUCUAUUGUCAUCGAGAAGCUUGUGAAGAAAGACACGGGUAAUUAUGGAUGUAACGCCACCAACUCAUUGGGAUACGUUUACAAAGAUGUGUACGUAAACGUGUUGGCGCUCGAUCCGGACAUCACGCAACCGCCCACGGACAUGAGCACAGUCGAUGGUAAGACCGUGCGGAUCACAUGCCGCGUUUUCGGAGCGCCCAAACCCGAGGUUAAAUGGAUCAGGAACGGACAGGAGUUGACUGGUGGUCGUUACAAGACUUUGGACACGGGCGAUUUGGAGAUUGAGAACGUGAUAUUCUUGGACGCGGGUACUUAUACGUGUCACGCCUCUAAUAAAUUUGGCGAGGUGAAGGCGUCUGCCGAAUUGGUAGUGAAGGAGCACACUAAAAUAACGGACGAGCCGGAGGAUUACGAAGUCGCGGCGGGCUCCACUGCCACAUUUAGGUGCAAUGCUGUUACUGAUCCCAGUCUACCUCUGAUCAUAGACUGGCUAAGCAACGGUGAACCGAUAGACUUCGAGAUGGAACCAAGAUUCAUACGAAGCUCCGAUUAUUCUCUAAUGAUCACAAAGACGACCGAAUUGGAUUCCGGUACUUAUACUUGCGUCGCGCACACCGAUUUGGACGAAGCGAGAGCGCAGGCGACGCUGAUAGUUCAGGAUGUACCUAAUGCACCGAGAUUAAUCGGCAUCACGUGCAUGUCCACGGAAGCCAUCGUUCAAUGGAUACCUAUGGGCGAUAACAGAGCACCUAUUCUGCGUUACACUAUUCAAUAUAACACCAGCUUUGCGCCGGAUACUUGGGAGAUAUCCAAAGAUUUUGUUGCCGCCACCGAGCAGAGAUAUUCAGUGCCUAUGUCACCGUGGGCCAAUUACACAUUCCGCGUUCUCGCGUGGAAUAAGAUAGGUCCAUCUUUACCAUCACCGCACAGCGACAUUUGUACCACCUUAGCAGAUGUCCCUUAUAAAAAUCCGGAUAAUAUCAUGGGCAAAGGCACCACACCGCAAAAUUUGGUUAUUUCGUGGACGACUAUGCCGCAAAUAGAGCACAAUGCUCCAAGAUUUAUGUACCGAGUGUAUUAUAGAAGAGAUAUACCAGGCGAGAGGUGGACUAUACAAGAUAUAAACGAUUGGAGAAAAAACAAUCUGCUUGUGGAGAAUCAACCUACAUAUCAGAGAUACAAGAUUAAAGUCGUCGCGAUAAACGAGAGAGGAGAAAGUAAAGCUACGGCCGAAGAAGUUGCCGGAUAUUCCGGAGAAGAUGUACCUCUGCAAGCGCCAGGUAAUUUUACACUGAAUCAAGUAAAGUCGAGCACGACUGCUCAAUUGUCGUGGAGCCCGGUACCGGAAGAAUCGGUGAGAGGCGAGCUGCAGGGAUACAAGAUUCAGACGUGGACGGAUAAGGAUGGCGAAAAGGGAAUGCGCGAGAUUGACAUUCGCGGCAACAAAACGCAUGCGUUGGUCACAAAGUUUGUUCCGUACAGCAAGAAUAAUGUGAGGAUACUCGCUUAUAAUGGCAGAUACGCUGGUCCUGCGUCCGAGACUUUGACCUUUGACACACCAGAAGGAGUCCCAGGAACAGUUCUCAGUUUAGAAGCAUUUCCCAUGGGAUCCAGCGCUCUAUUUCUCGUAUGGACGCGACCCGCGGAGCCGAACGGCAUCUUAACCGGAUAUAGGAUUUAUUAUCAGGUUGUGAAUGGCACAAAAUUAGGAACUCUACUCGAGAGGAAACCACAUGUUAUGAAUCCAGAAGCGACAACUGCCAAAUUAGCUGGGUUAGCGCCUGACACGAUAUACCGCGUUCACAUACGUGCCACAACCAGAAUUGGCGAAGGCAAUGACUAUUUUAUUGAACAAAAAACACGAACGUCUCAACGACCUGACGUCCCAUAUUUUACAUGGGAAACUGUACCAGUGGAAAAUGGAUAUUCAAACGUUAGAGUGAUUUGGCUACCGAAUCUGAACGGCAAUCCGGGCAGCCAUUUUUUCGUUAAGUAUAAGCUUAAGGGUGAAACAAUAUCUUUGAUGACUGAUCCGGAAUUUCUGUCGAAGUCUAUCGAGGUUCGCGGUCUUCAAAGCGGUGAAGUCUACGUGAUGUCGAUUGUUGCUGUCGAUGGAGACUACAUGACCGAAAGCGCUACUCAAGAGGUAGAGACGAGCAGCGAAGGGCCCAUUAUUCAACCGAAGGAGAAUGUCGCGACGGCUGGCUGGUUUAUAGGAAUGAUGCUGGCGAUCGCUAUCCUUCUACUAGUGUUGAUAAUCGUUUGCGUAAUCAAACGAAACAGAGGUGGAAAGUAUGCGGUGCACGAGCGAGAAUUAGCCGCUGGACGCGGCGAUUAUCCCGAGGAAGGCGGAUUCCACGAGUAUUCGCAACCAUUGGAUACGAAAUCGGCUGGCGGACGCGCGUCGUUGGCAUCGUCUUCUCAUCAGGAUGGUAAACAUCCUGAAUCCGACACAGACUCCAUGGCGGAGUAUGGCGACGGUGAUACAGAGGGUAUGAACGAAGAUGGUUCUUUCAUUGGUCAAUAUGGCCGACAUCGUAAGCAGGAACCAAAUUCACAAGCAUUUGCCACUCUAGUCUAAGGCCGCUUCACUGAAGAUGGAUCCUUCAUCGGACAAUACGGACCUAAAGGUAGGCCAGAGGAAACACCAUCAAUUCCAACUGGUACUAUGGCCACAUAUGUGUAACAUCCGCAACUGUUAAUCAAAGUCGCAUAAAAAAGAAAAAAGAAAAAAAACGUUUUCUCGUUACGGUUAAGGAUCUGCCCGAUCCUUGGCUAUUGCAGCAGCUCUGCUAUGCACCUUGCGCUGGGCGCAAUGUCCAACACUAUACUGCCAAUUAGUUUCUGAGGUUUUGGGUUUUAUGAUUUUCAUAGAAGAAAUCGUGACUAUUUUUUACACUCGUGUUCGGAAUAUCCGUAGAUUUUCGAUGCGCAAUAAUCGGAUACGGUUUUAAGUUUCUGAAAUAUUAAAAAACAUUCCGAACCCUUUUUUUCAUUUAACAUUUUUGAAUAUGUAGUAAGAAUAGAUCAAUUUUUGUUAUGAUUAUUAUUCUUUUCUUCAUUCCAUUCUCAAAAAUGCCGAUAUGUAUAUGCAUCACAAAAGAGAGCAUAUUUCUAUUUUAAUUAUAAAACCCGGAAACUGUAGGUGUUCAUAGCGUGCAAGCUAUUUAUGGAAAUAGUAUCGUAGAAACUAUUCUAGCAUUGAUCGUAAUAUUUGACAGAGCCAGAUUGAGUUGGACACGUCGAUUGGUGACAAGAUAUACGAAUUGUUCCAGACUUGUGAAAUACUUUUAAGACUGCAUGUAGUAUCCAAUAUUUCGCAACAUGACGCGCGUUGAUUUCUAAAUUUAUCGACAUAUUUAUAUCUUUUAACAUAGCGUCAAGUGCUGCAAUUGAAAAAAAGAUUUGGAAAUUGGUUCUGCUAAGAGUAAACAUUAUUGCUUAUCCGAUACAAGUAUUUGCGCUUUUCAAGUAAUUUAUCGUUUUACCUAUACAUUUACUAAUGGUUUUGUCACGUAUUGGAAUUUUUUUCUGCUAAAUUAUCGAAUUGCUCUUCAAAACUAUUUUGGAAUCUUCACUUGAAUUGUGUCCAUAAAGAGAGAUUUGACAAUAUUGAAAUAAUUUAGACGAAUACAAUAAAAAAAUAUAAUGUUUUCUAUCGCAUAUAUACAGAAGUAUUAGGAAUAAAUGUAUAAGUAUAAACAGAAAAUAUUUUUCUCUCUUUUAGAAAAGUUCAAUACUUGUAUCGAUAGUCAAUAAAAUCUAUUUUUAACAGAAAUUCUUUUAUUCUAGUAUAUUAUAUUCGAGUGACUAUAUAUAUAUAUAUAUCGAAAUGUAUUCACAAAGUAUUAAAUCUUAGUGCCUAUAUUGGAAAAUAUUUA